AUGCGGGCUUCCCUGUGUUUGCUCAGGUCGGCAACCCGACAACUCUUCAAACCUUCGAAUGUCCCAGUCCUUGAACCUGGACAGCCAGAGUAUGACCGCGCUAUUGCCACGUCGAAUCGCCUGUUUCGCUUCUCAAGACCCGAUUGCGUUGUUCAACCUGAGACGAUAGCACAUGUUCAGGCCAUUGUAAAGGAAGCAGCAUCCAAAAAGGUCAAUCUCACCAUCAAAUGCAACGGUCAUUCAUACGCAGGUCACUCUACUGCCUUCAAAGGCGUCUCGCUGGAUCUUAGGAGGAUGAACAAGGUCAAUCUUAAUAUAAAAUCGAGGACCGUCACCAUGGACGCUGGCUGCCAGUGGGGCCAUGUUUAUCAGACACUUAUCAAUGGUGGACAUGAGGGCUAUAUCAUCAACGGGGGACGUUGCCCAACUGUAGGAGUGAGCGGAUUCAUUCUUGGCGGUGGUCUUGGGCCCUUUACUCGGAGUUUCGGAAUGGGAUGCGACACAUUGACAGAGGCAACCGUAGUAACGGCAACAGGAGAAGUGGUUACUGUGAAGAAGACUGACGAUCCAAACUCCAAGGAAGGCGAACUAUUUUGGGCCCUUCAAGGAGGAGGUGGCGGCAAUUUCGGAGUCCUGGUCCAGAUGAAGCUCGAAGUCCAAGAACUGGAGAAUGCAUAUGGCACUGUGGUCGCGGGCAGGUACCAAUGGUUUCCCAAGCCCAAGAAAGAGAUAACUGACAAGGGAUCUUGCGACGAUGGACUUUCUAAUGCGGGACUUUCCAACGAAGUCAUCUCUACAAUGAACGAUUUCUACACGACCAACUGGCCUAACAACAUCACGAUUGAUAGUACUUGGAUGUGUGACCUCAGUCAAAAACAAGAUGGCAUUCGAUUCAUUAUUGCCUUUGAUGGUAGCCAAAACAGUUACGAGAAACUAAUCAACAAGCACAUAAAAAAUGAGGAACUAAAUACUCAACUUAAACGAAGAGUACUGCCUGAACCAUCGACACGUUUCCUCUACGAGACCCUUGUGAAUCAAUGGCUGGAGGAGACCGAACGAGCCUAUCCAACAAACAAGACAUACGAACUCUUUAGUUCUUUUUGUUUUAAAAACGAUGACAGAGCAAAAAUUGAAAAAAUUACUGGCACAAUUCAAAAUUUAAUGAAAAAAUUCCGGAGCCAAUUUCCAGGAGAACAGGUCAACUUCCUCGUUACUUGGAUUCAUUCCGGUGGCAAGGCAACCGAAAGGAAGCCAACCGAGUCAGCUUUCUUCUGGCGUGAAACUGUUUUCCAUGCUUAUGUCACGGUAGAAUGGGCGGAUAAGUGGAUGGAAAGAGACAUGAGAUCCUUCCACGCAGAGGUUAAGAGGGCACUGAGGCCACUCUCGCUUAACGGCGAAGCCGCUUUUAUAAAUUUCCCCGACGGCGACUUUCCGAGACAGAUGUACGAGAGGGCAUAUUUUGGCGACAACGCUGAGAAGCUUCGUCGUGUCAAGGAGACAUGGGACAAGACCAAGUUCUUCAAGUAUGAUCAAGGAGUACGGCUGCCCAACGACACGGAAGACACUGUUGCGGGCAAAUGGACAGCUCCUACAGCGGCCAUGACUGUCGACUUGAUGCUUUGA